AUUUUAUUAACCACCUCUUCUCUUAUUUUACUAAUUUGAAUAAUUUAUAGAUCUGCUGAACAUGUCUUUCAAGAGUAUACAACCUCUUGAUUCAAACGUUAUUAAUAGAUUAAGAUCAUCUUUAGUCAUUAGCUCAUUAGCUCAAUGCCUUAAGGAGCUAAUUCAUAAUGCUCUUGAUGCAAAUGCUACAAAUAUUGAUAUACAUAUUGAUAUUGAGAAAUUUAGUUUACAAGUAAAUGAUAAUGGCUACGGUAUUCAAAAUAUGGAUAAAAUAGGCCAAAGACAUGUAACUUCAAAAUGUCAUGCACUUUCUGAUAUAAAUCAAUUAAAGACUUUUGGAUUUCGGGGAGAAGCUUUAGCUGCUAUUACUAAUAUGUCCCUAACUCAAAUAAUAUCAAGACAUUAUCUGUCAAAAGAAACAUUCGAAGGUUUUUGGAGGGAUAGUAAGCUUGUCGGAGAAAUAUCACCAUCUAAACAUACUCGAAAAAAUUAUCCAGGUACUAGUGUCAUUGUGCGAGAUUUGUUUUACAAGGUUCCUGUUAGACGAAAAUAUCAACAAAGUUCUUCCUCUUAUCAGCAUGUCGUCACAAUGGAGUCUGUGAAACGACUUGUAAUUACGUUUGCACUUUGUUUCCAUCAUGUCAGUUUUACUCUUAUUGAUAGUAAUCGUAAUAUGAAAAUAGUGUCAACAAAAAAAGCGCAUACAAGUUUAGAUAUAUUUAGACAGUUAUUUGGUCAAGAUAUGUCAAAGUAUGCGCAGCCUAUCAACAUCCAUAAAAAUAAUCUAGAAAUAACAGGAUUCUUCUCCACACAAAGUUACCCAAAUAAGUCUCAGCAAUAUAUUUAUAUUAAUAAUUACAUUGUACCUUCUACAAAUGAACUAUACAAGAUUGUAUCUGAUCUAUUCUCUUCUAGUAGUUUUGCAAUAAAUACAGAGAAAGUUCAAAUAACACCACUAAAAAGCAGAGGUCGAUUCAUACAAAAAUAUCCCAUUUAUGUAAUUCAGUUUUCGUGUCCUACUUGGAGUAAUUACGAAAUCAAUUCAUAUUUAGGACUGUUAACCCAUUUUAAACCACUUGAAACUAUUGCAUCUGUACUGAAAGAAAUCACUACUCAAUUUUUGAAGAGUUCAGGCUUUUUAAUUGAAAGUCCUCAACAAAAAAAGAUAAAACGCCCAAGGUUAACAAACACUUCAACUGUAGAUAAAAGUAUAAUUAAUAAAAAUCAUCCCCCUUCUCAUUCACCUUUUAUUGUUCCUUCAAUAACUGAUAACAGUAAUCAUAGUCAGUUAACCUCGAAAAAUGACUCUAAAAUCAAACAAACACCUAAUAGUAGUUUUAUAACUUGGUGGGAUCCUAAUAGAAACGAAGCAAUGUACAUAGAUCCAAGGACUGGUAGUUCAUACUAUUCAUCAGAACUAGAAAACUCUCCUGUAGAAAUAUCCAGUCACCAGGACAAAAUCGAUAGAUCAAGUUUAAAACGAGCUGAAAGGUCCUAUUCUGAUACACUAAUAGACAUAAAUACAAUUCAGCAGACAGACCAUAGCAAACACCGAAAAGUUUUCUCCCAUUCUACCUGUAUAGAUAUACCUUACAAACUAACAAAACAUGACUUGCAUCAUAUUCAAGUGUUGGGUCAAAUUGACAAAAAAUUUAUUGCUGUCAAAUUACUCAACACUCAACAUUUAAUUAUUUUUGAUCAGCAUGCUGCAGAUGAAAGAAUCAAGUUGGAAGAAAUAUAUGAAAAUUUUGAGAUAGUUACACUUGAGCCAGUUAUUCAACUUGACUUUGAUUUAAACGAGAUUCAAUGGCUUAUGUCAGAUCAUGUGCUAAAUUACUUUAAAAUAUGGGGCAUUCAUAUCAUUAUAGAUGAUUUACAGUCAAGCUCUGAAACUGUUUUACUAUCACAAUCUCGAUUUUUUGCAAAACCGGAUAAUCAUCAGAAAAUAAAGUCAAAUCAAGUUUAUAUAACGAGACUACCAAGAGCCAUUAUUGAUAAAUGCAUUACAAAUCAUCAUAUUUUGAAAGACAUUAUUAGAGACCAUUUAUACUGGAUUAUGGAACAAACAGAUGAAAUACUAACUGCCAGGACAUGUCCAAAAGGUAUAACAGAGAUUUUGAAAUCAAAAGCUUGUAGAAAUGCGAUUAUGUUUAAUGAUGAACUGAGUUUGGAGCAAUGCAAAACUAUUAUCCAAAAACUAUCAGCAUGCAAUUUUCCGUUUCAAUGUGCACACGGAAGGCCUUCAGCUAUUCCAAUAAAAUUAUAUACAAGAUACCAAAAACCAUCAAGACCAAAAAAUUGGAAAAAGUUUGAAAAAAAAAAAGCAUAUAAAUAAACUUAUACCCCU